CACCCGUCGGACGGUCAGUGUGCAUCCGGCCGGCAUGUGGGUUAAAGUGUGUGCGUGUGUGGUGCUCAUCCUCGGGCUGAGCCACGGCUUCCUCGACGACGCCGUGGAGGUCAUCAAGCUCGGGAAGGAAAUAGGUGAAGACGUGCUAGCUUCGUGGGAGAUAUUCGGGAAGGGGUACAAUGUGACGGGCGGAGUGGAGUUGCCGUUUGGCGGGCGGCGGCGGGAGCGCGCGGUGCUGGCGCGGCUGGCGCAGAUUACGAGGGCCAUACAGCGCGUGGAGUCCGAGCUGGUGAACACCAGGAGUCUAUCGCUGCUGCUGGCGAGCGCCGGCCGGGGCACUCGUCUCGAGCUACGCCUGCUGGAGGCGUCUGAUCUUUUGGCGCGGGUGGGCGCAGCGGAGGCUCAGAUGCGCGAGUACGUGCGCUACCAGGAGCAGCUGGAGCGCAGCACGCUGGAGUCGUUCGCGCUGUGGGCGGUCUCGCCGGACCGCGGUGCGCUGCCGGGCCUCGUGGAGCGCAUCCAUGCGUUGGUCGCGCCUCCAACGCACGCGUUCCUAGAUAAAGGCAUCCUGGCGCUAGCGGUCGACAGUCUACAGCAAGAGCAAGCUGACCUCUGCGAGCUGCAGCUGUCUCCGCACCAGGUGGUGUACGACAUGUACAACACCAUCGCGCUGGCAGAGAUCAAGGCGUACGCGAUGAUGCAGUUCUCCUGGAUGCUACUCAGGGUCUACGCUAGAGGCAACUACUCUCAAGAGGCCAACCUAACGCGAAAGAGGUAUGCGGAGAGAACUGCUCGAACUGCCGCCUUGGCCCGUUCAGCUCUGACCAUGGCCAGGAGAGACGUGUACCGGUGCAACCCAGACAACCAUGUAGCUGGUGAGACAUACGCCGAAGUGACCCGUCUCCUGCAGGGCUACAUCGAGAACGAAGUGGAUCUAAACGGGGAUGGGACGUGCAAGGAGAACUGCCCAUACUACACUGUAGCGGCCAGCCACAGCUGCUACGACCCGCACGGCUACUGCAACGUCCAGAAGCGCUGCACGGGCCGCAUCGUCAACUGCCAGUACAUAGACUCUGACAUGUGGGUCUGCCCUGCCAGUCGAAGCAAUAACCGCAGAUACGAGUUCAUAGAAUACGAGAACGGCCGCGUCCUCGGCAAACCGGGACACUGUAGACUCGGUACCACAAAGGUGGACUCGUGGUGGCGCUGGCUAUUCUGGCACUGCUCCUACUGCAUGUGCCUCUGCGACGAGCCCGGCCCUACCUCCGACCGCUACUUCAGCCUAUGGUCCUCCACCUCCGACGUCAAAAACAACAAGGUCGUAACUGGCGUACGUCUGGUGAAGCACGGCCAGGUGUUCCACCUGCAAGUGAGCGAGGGACACCUGGGGCCGCGGGGCAACGUGACCCCCGGCGGCUGGGUGCCGGUGCAGCGGUUCGCGAUCACCGACAAAGGGGUGAGGGAAGGCGAGGACUACCACACACUGACGUACGAGCGACGAGCCAUUGAUCUGGAUGAGCUGGAGGCGCCUGUGGGCCGAGUGCUCACGGGAGUCAGGUUCCGUAUGAUCGGCGCGCACCUGCACUUCGAGAUCCGCGCGACGAUGUUCAACUACACGACCGGCCGCCUGGCGCCGCUGCACAGCGAGUGGAUAUCCAACGACAACACAGACGUUGGCGACACACCACGUAAGAAGCUCGAACUCAUCCGUCCGGACAUACCAAUACGCGGCAACGUGCCGCUACAAAUAGAUUCAGCGCACGACCAGUUCGUGGAAUUCACACAUAGCGACCUGGACGCUGAUGCUGCACAGAGCACCGUGCCGUUCUUGGACAUACAGCCCGUGCAGCCGGCGAGAGGAGCGGGCCUACUGACCGGCGCGGGGGUCUACCACCGCGGCGCGCUCCACAGCGGCGGGUUCCUAGGCCUCAAGGUGAUAAGCUACGACAUGACACGGCACAUCCGCGCCGACCCACCACCCGCGGGAUACGAUGAUGAUGAUGAGGAGAGCAACGUACUCCCAUCUGAUGUGCAGUGAGCGUAUACGCAGUUUGCGUGCGCGCCGUGCAUACGUAUACGCGGUUGCAUGUCCGAGUUGCGUGCGCGAAGCUUGUGUGAUUGCGUGCGCGUUGCUUUAGUUUCAUCGAGUUUAGAAUAUACGAACAUUAAAAUUAAGUAGGUUGACUUGAAUAAUUAUUUGAUUGAAGUUUAAGUGCUACUCCGAUGUGAUUUAAUUUAAACGGGGUAUUAUACUCAUUUAGUGUUAAUUAUUAUUAAUAUUUUAAAAUAAAUUUGUAAAGUG